GAACUUGCGCAAAGAGACUGUUUUAAUCAUUCCCCUUGUUUUGCUUCCUGGUGUGGCCUUGCCUAAAACAACUGCUACAUGUAUACUGUAUUCUGCAAGUCUUGUUUAGUUCAACCCCUGUUCUUAACGUCUUUCCCCCUCCCCUCAGUUCAGGAGCGCCAGCCACUCUGAGCUUACCGCCCCUUCAGUGAUUGAAGAAGCUCGAUUUGAAUCUCUCAUGUGCUCCCCCUGGGUUUGGCCUUUGCAGGUGCUGCAGGAGGAAGGUCUGAGCUCCGCUAUCCCGGACUGGCUCUGUCAGUUCUUACAUUCUUGGUGGCUUUUGUUGCCUCUCAUUAUGUUGCUGGUAGUUGCUGCUUUCAUCGUGGCCUUCGUACUUCUGCUGUACAUGGUCUCACCGUUGAUUAGCCCCAAACCUCUCAAAUUAAACGGUGCCCAUGUAGUGGUAACAGGAGGCUCCAGUGGUAUUGGUAAAUGUAUUGCUAUUGAGUGUUACAAGCAAGGUGCUUUUAUAACUCUGGUGGCACGAGAUGAGAACAAACUGCUACAAGCAAAAAAGGAGAUCGAAAAACAUGCUAUUAAUGACAAACAGAUAGUACUGUGCAUAUCUGUUGAUGUGUCCAAGGAAUAUGGUCAAGUUGAAAGCGUCAUUAAGCAAGCACAGGAAAAACUGGGGCCAGUUGACAUGCUAGUUAACUGUGCUGGGAUAACAGUGGCUGCAAAGUUUGAAGAGGUUGAAGUGGAUUGCUUCAAGAGAUUGAUGGAGGUCAAUUAUCUGGGCAGUGUGUAUCCAACAAGGGCAGUGAUUCCCACCAUGAAGGAGAGGAGGAUGGGAAGGAUUGUGUUUGUGUCCUCGCAGGCUGGGCAGCUAGGCCUGUUUGGGUACACCGCUUAUUCACCGUCCAAAUUUGCCCUUCGUGGAUUGGCUGAAUCCCUGCAGAUGGAGAUAAAACCUUACAAUAUUUACGUAACAGUAGCUUAUCCACCAGACACAGACACCCCUGGGCUUGCAGAAGAGAAUAAAACCAAGCCGUUGGAGACCAAAUUGAUCUCUGAAACAUCUUGCCUUUGCCAACCAGAGCAAGUCGCUAAAGUGAUAGUUAAAGAUGCUGUGCAAGGUAAUUUCAACAGUUCUGUGGGUCCAGAUGGCUAUAUGCUUUCCGCACUGACCUGUGGAAUGUCACCUGUCACUUCUAUCACUGAAGGACUUCAACAGAUUGUCACCAUGGGCCUUUUCAGGACAAUUGCACUGUUUUAUCUGGGAAGCUUUGACAGCAUUGUUCGCCGCUGCAUGAUGCAGAGAGAACAGUUAAAAAAAACAGACAAGACUGAAUAAAUAAUCUCCUCCGGGACCUCUGUUGGAGAUCUGGAGUAGACUUGUCAGAGUGGCAACAUCCCCCAGCCCUCCAACACAUUCGGAGACCGGAGAGUUACUGAUGAUUGUACUCCUGAGAAGCAAUGACGGACAGUGAAAAUGAAUUGCAUUCACCAGGUACUGGUGUUAUGCCAAAGAAAUGCAAAUGUAAGGGGUAUGAAAGGCAUUGCUGUGCAGUAUUAUUUUGAACCAUGCUGGUGCAACAGUUUUGUUUUUUGUGUGUUAAUUUUUUUCUGGUUUUAUAGUGUUUUUGUUUUUUAGUCUGGUAUUUUGUUAUAGUUUAGUUAUAAGGUCUUCUACUGAAUAUCCAUCCCAAGGCAUUCCAAGAACUUGUAGAACAGCUUGGUAGGAGUAUGAAAUAUCAGUCUUAUCCUAGCUAAUAUAUUUUUGUUUAGAUUCACAUUGCAUCAUUUUUUGUUUGUCAUCACUUAUGGGUGACUUUAAUAUUUAGAACCCAAAGCAUCAUGACUACCUUCCAUUUUCAUCUGAUACAUUUUGGGGGAUUUUUCCAAGUCCCUUGUAGUGUAAUACUUUGGCCAGACUACCUACUUACUUACCUACCUAUCUAUCUAUCUACCUACCUACCUACCUACUUACCAACCAACCACAGAGUAGUGAUAAUGUUGCUAAUAAACUGUCUUAUUGUAAACACUACUAACAUGCUGUAAGAAUUUUUGAUGUCCAUGUUUUAGAUGAGUCACACGUUUGUCUCCCCUGACAACUGUCCUCCCCAGCAGAUAUUGUUUUAUGUGCAGCCAUGCAGGUAGAUAUUUUUAGCUUUUCCACAUGAUAUUCCUUCCAUACAGCAACGUCUGAGUUCUCAGAUUCAGAAUAAUGAUAGGCUUGCACACAACCAAAGAAUACAAUCUGUUUGGAGUCUACCUUUCUAGCAGCUGUGCACUUUAGAUAUAGUAAGCAACAGUACCUGCUAUAUACUCUUCAAAACAAGAUGUUGCAUUCAAGGGUCUAUCCUGUGGAGACAUUUUAAGUAAAUGUCUGACACACACACUGUGAUACUCUUGAACUGAAAUGCCUGCCUACUUCAAUUUUGUGUUUUAUGCAAAGUAAGCAAAUUAUUAACAAACACCUUUUGUAUUUUUUUUUUUUGUAAUUAUGUAUUAUUGUUUUGAUGCAUUUAUUUUAUUGAAGUUGUGACGCACUUCAGGGCGCACUUCUAUUACUGAAGGUGUCCUGCAACGUCAGGAAUAUUUCAGUUAGCACAGUCAACACACACAGUACAAUGUGUUUAAGACAGUCAGUACACUAAAUUGAAGAGGGCAUGUAUUCUCAAAAGGGGACUUUUUCUGAUGUAUUUUUUUCCCAUUCUGUUGACCCUUUGUUGUUUCAGAUGUUUGUUAUAUAACACUAUCAGUUGUUUCUAUUAAAGUAAGCAAAGCAUGGUGCAAGUGACUUGUGACGAUGACAUUUUUCGCUUCUCUACGUAAAUUAUUACAAAACCUGCAGUAUACAUUAUCAGAAAAUGCUACACUAAAAUAAAGCUUAGUGUGAUUGUGGUGGUGACAUUACCGACCAAAUGACAUAAGGCUGAAAUGAAUUUAACUUGAAUUUUUAAAUGUAGAAAAUAAAGGCAUUUGGCUUACCAGUGUAACCUUUAUUAUAGCAUUGUGCCACUGAUGAUAAAAUAAGCCAUCUUGCCUGCAAUACAAUUGAUAUAAACAUCCAGGCCAUUUUACUAGUAUGCACCUCACCACGUUGCUUCAGAAUCAUGGUAGUCCUUUUCUGUAAACCAGCAAUUUGUUUUUAACACUGAACAGAAUGGAGUAGGUAGUCCUCACUACCAGUUGUAUCCUUACCUGUAGCCUGGUCUGUCUAAGUUCCCAGAAUCUGCAUUAGUAGACUUCUAAACCUUCUAGAUUAAGUUUUGGUUUCUUCUCUCUGAAAUCACUGAACUAAUAGUAGGGGCAAUGUUUCUAUUUUUGUGUUAUAGAAAUAUUAUUACCUAAUAUUCUCUUUCCUUUUAGUACGUGAUUGAUGGCUUCAUCCGAGGAGAAUGGUACUCCUAAUGAUAAAAUCAUAGUGAUGAGAAAUUAGCUGUACAUAUCGUAGUAGUACUAAAAUCUUAUUUCGUAGCUUGUGAAAGGUUGUAAUAAGAGCCUUACGUAAAUCAGUUGUGCCUGCGAUAAACCAGCAAGUAAACAGCACUUUUGCCACUAUCCGUGAAACCCCAUUGUACACUUGCUGCUUUAUUGGAGGUGGAUCAGUCCUAAAGGAACAGUGGUUCUUGCCAUGUUUUAAAGAACUAAUAGCCAAAAAAAAAAAACUUGUAUGAUUUAUGGAACACUCAAUCAUAAACUCUGUGGACAUUAUAAGAAACUUAAGUAGACAAACCUGAUCGGUUUAAUAAAGGCAUAGAUGUUUGUCAGUUUGAUUGAGGAGCUAAUUCAAGACGUUAAUUCUGUCCUUUUCACUCCUGUUUCCACACAGGACAAAAUGCCAAAUAUCUGUACACGUGGGAUCAUGUGAUAAGCACUUAAUUUAAACACAUUAUGCCUCUGGAAAAUAUGAUUGACUUAUGGAAAAAAAAAAAAGACAAAUAACGCAGGCACUAUUUUUUGAUUGAUCACCAGUUUCUUCUAGAAUUAUAUUCUUAAUAACUGAACAUGUUUGUCCAAAAGUAAUGUUUACUGUUAUGUUUUUUUUAUUUUUUUGUAUGCUAAGCUUUAUUUGUCAUGUGAAAUUGCAGUUUUUCUUUCUGUAAAGAAUGUCUUAAACAAAUUCCAAGGAUGAGCAUGAGAACAGAUAAUUGAUUCUGAUUCUUUUAAAAUGAUUAUCUCAUUUGAGGGGCUUGAUGCAUUGUUCAACGUAAGGCUGUAGUUCACUACAGAAUGAAUGUCUGUAAUUAAUUUAUAUAAUCUUGUUCUACAUGUUUUAAACUGUUCUCAAAAUAAGCUUCAUAAUGUAGCAUAUAAAAAAAAAAUCAUGAAACUGUUUCAGCUAUGCAAAUAAAGUAUAUAUAAUUUGUUGGAUGUAUGUCUGAUAAAAAUGCCUGUAUUUUUUCCAUGCCAAGUACUCACAUUUAUAAUGCACUUAAUAAGCGUUAAGGUAAAAUGUAAGAAGUCAGUAUUGAUCAGAAUAUAUUUGUCUGUUUAUUUUGUUUUAGCCAAGCUUGCAAGAGAGCUUCCCUUGUGUUUCAGAAUAAUAAUAAUAAAAAAAAUCUCUCAACUG